UGUCGGGAGGACCGCUCAUGUCGGGGAACGGAGCGGUAUGGGGGCGCGUGCGAAGCCGCCUCCGCGCCUUCCCUGAGCGCCUGUCGGCCUGCGGGGCCGAGGCCGCGGCCUACGGCCGGUGCGUGCAGGCGUCCACGGCCCAGGGCGGCCACCUGAGGAAGGAUCUCUGCGCGCGGGAGUUCAAGGCCCUGCGGUGCUGCUUCCUCGCCGCGGCUGAGAAGACCUGGAGGGGAGGCCGUUAAGAAGGAGGAAGCUGUACUUCACAUCCAUUGCUGCCCGAGGGCACAGAGCUGGGUGCCUGGUCCUGACGGCCCCAAGGAGCAAACAUCUAAAGCUCUUAGGGCUAAAAGGACCUAAACAUGUUAGGGGGAGCCGAGGGCAGGGGGGGAAGCAGUGUUCUGGGUUAGAAUGAGUGAACCAGCAAUAAAGAUGGAGGCAGAUCAUGUAGAUCUCUCUUUU